AGGAAUUGCCAAGACAAAGGGGUGUGGGCUCAGGGCAGUAAAUUAGUGAGGAAGUAACAGAAUUUGUUUCUACAGCUUCUUGACCUCGAAUCCCUGACUCCAGGGACAAGGACGCCGUCUACCCUCCGGGGAUGGGGAGGGUACCUCCACGUGGGAGCUGUAUUUCCUGCUUUCAGAGGGACCAAGGAGGGUCAGAGUAUCCCUGUACAGGCUGUUUCUCAGGGAACUUGAAAAUCACCAGAUGGUAGAGGCUCUUCCCCCUCGGGAGCUACUAAGAAAGGGAUGAAAUUAUCACACCUUCGGAAAGAGAUUCUGUGAAGACGAUCAACCGGUCAUAAAAUCAUGAUCGAGGCCAGAGGAAGAAAAGACCAAAUUGAAGAUUCAACAAGCAGGAGGAGGAGCCCGUGAGAGUGGAGCUGAAAGGGCAAUGCAGGCAGAGGGAUUGGCAGAUGCUGAAGCCACCGCGCUGGAGAUCACGGGGAGUGGUUGAAUCUACUGCCUUGGUUGUUUGGUUGAGAAGACAAAUCAGCCAGAAGGCAUUUUUGUUCAAUAACACCGGAGACAUUCUAGAGUUUGUGAAUUCCAGGCCCCUGGUCAUCAUGGGCUUCUUCCAGGAUUUGGAGGAAGACCUCGCAGAGUUGUUCUAUGAUAUGAUCAAGGACUUUCCGGAGCUGACGUUCGGAGUGAUAUUGAUUAAAAAUGCCAUUGGGAAUUUCCGCGUCACCCUAGACAGUGUUCUGGUGUUCAAAAAGGGAAGAAUUGUGAAUCGCCAGGAGCUUAUCAAUGACAAUACCAACAAACAGGUCCUCAACCAAGUCAUUAAACAGCACCUCACAGAUUUUGUUAUUGAAUACAACGCCGAGACUAAGGAUCUGAUUUACGAACUGCAAGUCCUGAAUCACAUGCUGCUCUUUGUCUCCAAAAGCUCCAGAUCGUCGGGUAUGAUAAUGCAGCACUAUAAACUGGCGGCAAAGAAAUUCCAAAACAAGAUCCUUUUCAUCCUCGUGGAUGCGGACGAGCCCAGAAACAGACGUGUCUUCGAGUACUUCCGGGUCACAGAGGUCGACAUACCAUCGGUCCAAAUCCUGAACUUGAGCUCUGAUGCAAGAUACAAAAUGCCUUUCGAGGAAAUAACCUAUGAAAACCUCAAGAAAUUCGGCCAGCGCUUCCUGGAUAGAAAGGCCAAGAAACAUCAGUCCAGCGAAGAAAUUCCUAGAUAUUGGGACCAGGGGCCCAUUAAGCAGCUCGUUGGAAAGAACUUCAAUGUCAUCGUCUUUGACAAGGAAAGGGACGUGUUUGUGAUGUUCUAUGCGCCCUGGUCCCCCAAAUGCAGGGCGCUGUUCCCAGUGUUGGAGGAGUUGGGCCUUAAGUAUCAAAACCACUCCACGGUCACCAUUGCCAAGAUUGACAUCACCGCAAAUGACAUUCAACUGAUGCAACUGGACCGGUAUCCCUUCUUCAGGCUCUUUCCCACCAACUCUCAACAGGCUGUACCUUAUAAGGGCGAACAUACCCUGAAGGGCUUUUCUGACUUCCUGGAAAGUCAAAUCAACAUCAGGAUUGAGGAUGAAGAUGAGGUACUGUCUGCUGAGCAAAGCGAAGCAACAGAAGAGAAGGUCUUGACUGAGGGAAAGGAGGUACCUUUUACAAAGAAAGAGCUACUGGAACAGAAGUUGCCAGAGCUGGAGAAUGUGACCAGGCUGGAAGAACCAGCUAGGCAGAAAGAAAUGGCAGAGGAGGAGGAGAAGGUGGCUGAGCCAAAGAGACCUCUAAGACGGGAGAAGUCACCCAAAGUGAAGGAAGAACUGUAGGGUCUCUAAAGCCAGGAGGGAAGGUGUCCAUUUCCCAGGUCCUGGCAUCAUUUCCUGGGUGGAUCUAUAAAACUGUAUAUCAUUGUAGUAGGUGGGUGGAGGCUGGAUGAUAAAAGCCCCUGAAUCCA